GCACGUGUUGCAUUUGUUUUGCAUGCUCGCUGCGUGUUUCAAGCUGUUAAAUUGUCUUAAAAAGUAAUUUAAAGGGCGAUUCAACAACAUGAAGUGGACCACAGCUAAUCUAAAGCAUGCUAACUAUACAGCCAAGCAUGAAUUAUUUGUUGGCACACAUACAGGCUCCUUUAAACAUUUGCUGCCAGCUGCGAAUCAGAAUCCUCAUGCACAGUCAAAUCUCAGCGAUCUGAGCGCCUUGGAUAAAGAAUCGUGCGUCACAACAUUAGCUUUUGGCAAUGAAGCUCAAACGGAGAUACUGCUCGGUCGGGCCAAGAAUGUUGCCGAGCUGCACUCGCUUGGAAUUGGCGGUGGCGUCACAACACGUUCCAUUAACUUCACCGUCGCUCCGAUUGUGGGUCUGGCACGCUAUAACAACAAUCUAAUAGCUGGCAUUGGUAAUGGGCAAAUACAGAGCAUCUCGCUUGAGGCUGAGGAAGAUUCGGAGGAGGAGCCAGCUGCUGCGUCUGUUAUUAUCAACACUGGCGAUCAAAUGGAUCAUCUGCGUCAAUGCCCGACAGCCACACAUAUUGUCGCCACUGGAGGCAAGGCGCGACAGAAUAAUCUGAAGGUCUACGAUCUGAGCGCCGAUGGCAAGCAAAUCUUUAACUCCAAGAACUUGCCCAACGAUUAUUUGCAACUGGAGGUGCCCGUGUGGGACAGCGAUAUUGGCUUUGUGGAUGGCCCAAAUGUAUUGGCCACCUGCUCGCGACAUGGCUACGUGCGACUCUACGACACUCGCAAACAACGGCGUCCAGUUACGCACUUUGCCAGCGAGGAGCACGGCAUGAGUUUUGCGGCGCUGGUGGCGCAUGGCAACUAUAUAUACACGGGUACCACUAUGGGAGCCCUAAAGGCUUUCGACACUCGGAGAAUGAAAACCCAUGUGCACACUUAUAAAGGAUUUACGGGUGGCAUCAGCGACUUGCACCUGGAUGAGACCGGCAAAUACCUGAGCUCUGCUUCCCUUGAUCGCUAUGUGCGUGUGCAUGAGGCGGAGUCAACAGUGCUGCUGUAUCAAUGCUAUGUAAAGUCCAAGGCAACCAAAGUGCUCAUCCGGCAGCUGUCAGAGCAACAGCAACAGCCACGGCAGUCCAGCGAUGAUGAAGAUGAAGUAGAUCAUGAAGUGAAAUCCCAUAAGAACAACAAAAACAAGAGGCAGUUAAAAGCAACGCCUCUGGAUGCGGAAUAUGAAGAUAUGUUUGAUCAGAUGCCCACUGUGGGUGACAGCGAUGAAGAAGAGGCUCCAGAGAAGCAAACAUCGACGGCAACCAAGCGUAAGGCGCCCAAACAAGCGCUGAAAACAAAAAAGAAAAAACAAUAAAACAUGUUUACAUAUAGUUAAGUUAUAUAUUAAAAAAGGAUAUAUUAUAUUA